AUGAGCACAACAGAGGUGCAAAGCUUUCGCUCGCGGGGCCACCACGUCGGCGUCCUCGCGCACCCUCCACAGCUACCUGUUACCCGCUCAGCCCCCGCCCAGCCCCCUUCUGCCCGCGUUCGCCCUCUCGUUUCUGGUCUCGCUGCUCUCGCACUCUACGGUUCUUCUCCUCGCGGUUCUCCUUCUUCCUCUGCUCCUGGUUCUCCCUCCUUCCCUCUCGCACCGGCGGACGACCUCCCGGACGUGCCAGCGAUGGGCCCGGACGACGUGCCGGACGAGGUGAUGGACAGCGGCUCCUCGGACACCUCAACGCCCAUCUCCCGCAGCACGACCUCUGGUGCUGCUCGUCGUCGUCGCCGCCGCCGCAUGCUCAGCAGCAGCAGCCAAUCCCCUCCUCCUCGCGACGAUCGUGAGGACAAAGCGAGCAUCGCUGCGGCCGAGGUGCAGGGGAUCAUUGAGGCCAUCGACGUGCACACCAUGUCGAGCGCAAUCAAAGCCGCCCUUCGCUCCUGCUCUUCCGUCGGUUUUCUCUCCGGUGGACCUUUCGGUCACACUCCUCUCUCCGCCGCCGACCUCGCCCACGCCCACGUCGCCCUUCACGUCGUCAUCCUCAAGCGCUGGCUGUGCUCGCGUGGCGGCAAAAAACAGCGCACGGCCGUCGAUCUGAUGGCGUACGCGCGGGCGCUCACCGUGGAUGAGCAUUCCUUCUGGCCCCUCUCUCGCUGCCCCUCCCUCGCGCCCCUCUUCACGAUGCAACGCCUGCUCAUGUACGGCACCGGCGUUUCCGCUCAGUUCUCCUCGUCGUGGCUCACUACCACCGUCGCCAGUCAGCCCUUCCGCCUCCGCCUCACGGACCGCACCCUCGCCAACGGUCCGGCAACUUUGACCUUGGAGAGCGCGCCCGAAAAACUGGGUCUGCCAGCCGCUGAGCAAGCCUCAGCGGCUCUCAACCGCUUCAAGAUCAUCGUGUGGCAGGAUCGCCGCCGUGUCGCUGCGUACCAGCCAGCGGGCAUGGUAGUAGACGACGAGUGGGAGAGGCUGUUUGCGCUGGUCGCAGAGGUGGCGUCGGCAGAGAAGGUAGGGGACUUUGAGCCGGCGUACACGGAGGUCCAGCACGAGGAGGUUCGCCUCCUCGGCGGCCUCGCCACCCGUCUCAUCGAUGCUCAGCCGCCUGCCGACCCUUUCCUCGCCCCUGCUAUCCCGCCUGCCUCUCCCGCCAAAAGCGCAGCUCAGAGUAUGCCCACUACGCCUCCGCUCGCUUCGCCCUCCGGGACUACCAAGGAUGCCGCUCCUGGUAGGGCGACGACACCUCGUUUGCCCGCUACCCCCGUCAUCGCUGCUACGUCCACGGCUGCCGAUGCCACCACGUCUGGCAAAGACGCCUCAAAUGCUGGAUCUGUACCGACAUCCUCCCCACUCACGCCUGCUCCUGCGGCUGCCGAAGACAUCGUGCCUGCACCAUCUCGCCCUACCACGUCGCGACCCGUAGAGCCCCGCCGCAAAUUGCCUCGCGUCGCCAAGGACAAGAACGCGCGACAAGCCCGACUCUCUCGCCUCUCUCCCGUCCUCUCGUCGGAGACCAUUGCGCAGAAAGAGCAGAAGCACACUGCCGAGCCCGUCGAGCCCGUCGAACAGGGAGCUACGCGCGAGGAGAGCGAGGACGACGCUGCACUUGCCCUGGUGGCCCUGCAGAGCUUCUUCUCCGCGCAAGGCGACAUCGACCCGCUCAACGUCAACGAUGAAGCAGGUCCGGCGUUGCCCUGCGCCGCAGACGCCGCCGCAGACGCCGAGGAGGCCGACAUCACGCGGGACUACCUGGCAGAGGAAGACUCGGACGAGGAGAGCAGUCCCAACCUCCCCCGUCACAGCACUAGCACCGCCCCCUCCUCCUCUCCACGAGCCGCUGCGCGCCCCCGACGCAAGCAAGCUCGCGAGUCGGUAGCCCAGGCCAAAGCGGCUCACCACGCGUGGUGGAUUGUGGACGAGCUCCGCGUGAAGCUGCACCUCAAGAGGACAACGGCAGCCGUCACCGCCGCGCGCAAGUCUUUCCUCGACGCUCUCGCGCAGGACGGGCUUGGUCUGGGUGACGCAGCUGUGCAGCGCAUCAAAAAGCGCGUACAGGAGGGGGAGAUGGCGGAGGCUAUCGUGGCGGAGAUCUGUGGUGCUGUCUACCUGGCCAAGAAGCACAUGCUGGGACGCGCAAUGGAGGACUGCGUCACAGGAGUCGCGCUGGAGAGGCUGAUCAGAGGGCUGGCCGACAUCCAGCACGCCGAGGGCUUCUUGGCGCGCCUGUCUUGCCCGGCUCAUCUAUCUCCGUACGUGGCAGCAGGCGGAGCAGCUGUUGAGGGAGAGGCCAGAUCUCGAUGCGCGUAG